AUGGAACGGAUGUCAUGCGGAUGCUCAUGGGUGCAUGUGGGAGGUGGAGAUGGGUGCAUGUGGGAGGUGGAGAUGGGUGCGUGUGGGAGGUGGAUAUGGGUGCAUGUGAGAGGUGGAGAUGGGUGCAUGUGGGAGGUGGAGAUGGAUGCAUGUGAGAGGUGGAGAUGGGUGCAUGUGGGAGGUGGAGAUGGGUGCGUGUGGGAGGUGGAGAUGGGUGCAUGUGAGAGGUGGAGAUGGGUGCGUGUGGGAGGUGGAUAUGGGUGCAUGUGGGAGGUGGAGAUGGGUGCGUGUGGGAGGUGGAGAUGGGUGUGUGUGGGAGGUGGAGAUGGGUGCGUGUGGGAGGUGGAGAUGGGUGCGUGUGGGAGGUGGAGAUGUGUGGAUGUGGGAGGUGGAGAUGGAUGCAUGUGGGAGGUGGAGAUGGGUGCAUGUGGGAGGUGGAGAUGGGUGCAUGUGAGAGGUGGAGAUGGGUGCGUGUGGGAGGUGGAGAUGGGUGCAUGUGAGAGGUGGAGAUGGGUGCGUGUGGGAGGUGGAGAUGGGUGCGUGUGGGAGGUGGAGAUGGGUGCAUGUGGGAGGUGGAGAUGGGUGCGUGUGGGAGGUGGAGAUGGGUGCGUGUGGGAGGAGGAGAUGGGUGCAUGUGGGAGGUGGAGAUGGGUGCAUGUGGGAGGUGGAGAUGGGUGCAUGUGGGAGGUGGAGAUGGGUGCAUGUGGGAGGUGGAGAUGGGUGCAUGUGGGAGGUGGAGAUGGGUGCAUGUGGGAGGUGGAGAUGGGUGCAUGUGGGAGGUGGAGAUGGGUGCAUGUGGGAGGUGGAGAUGGGUGCAUGUGGGAGGUGGAGAUGGGUGCAUGUGGGAGGUGGAGAUGGGUGCAUGUGGGAGGUGGAGAUGGGUGCAUGUGGGAGGUGGAGAUGGGUGCAUGUGGGAGGUGGAGAUGGGUGCAUGUGGGAGGUGGAGAUGGGUGCAUGUGGGAGGUGGAGAUGGGACAGCAGUGGAGAAAUACGAGGCGAGUGGAGAGGAUGGAAGGAGGAGUGGCAUGA